AUGGCAGAUGAAGAGGRCGAAGAUCCAGUAGUUGCUGAGGUGGACGUCUUCUUAGCCAAGUCUUUAGCUGAAAAUUUGUAUAUUUUUCAAUAUCCUGUAAGACCUGCAGAACUUUCGUAUGAUAAUGUUCCUCAUGUUGGAGCACGGAUCAAACCAAGACAACAAAAGGUAGAAAUAGAACUUGCAAUUAAUACAGCAAGCAGAAAUUACUAUCAACCAAGAGGAGAACAGAUUGCAAUAGACGUUAAUGGAAGGGUCCCAGCUGAUAGUGAAAGAUACUAUGAAAGUGAAAGAAUGGACAAGCAAGUACUAGUGUCAUCAAGAGCAUCUGCUGAGGCAACUAGAUAUGCUGCAGGAGUACUCAGAGAAGGUGAAUUACACAUCACACCUUUGCAAGGGGUACUACAACUKAGACCUAACUUUGAAUACAUGAACAAAGCUGAGACAAAUGUAACACAAGCAGCCUCAACUCAGGAUGAAGAUUCCCAGGAUGAAGAAGAGGAGCCAGCCAAGGCUUUAACAUUAAGAUUUGCCAGACCAGAGUCAGACAAAGCUAAAGCACAGCGUUUAUCUUCAUAUAAAUACCUAGAACAGAAAGAAGCCGAAGAGGAAUGGAAAAAUCUACAGUAUUAUCAGCCACAACAUUCAAUGGCAAGUUUGGACAGAGAAAAACUUUUCUGUGCUGAUUGUAAUGUUGAGGCUCCAGAAAUAACUCUUUCUUCUAAAGAAUAUUUAAAAUCUUUGAUGCCUUCAUCAACAAAACAAGAAAGUACAUUACCAUCCAAGAUGCCAAGGAAUGUUCUUUCCAUGACCCAGCUUAGAACCAUGGAUUUACCAGACCAGGUCAAAGCUCUUCUAAGAAAUGCAAAAGUCAUGAGUUUCUCUCAGCUGUGUACAUUAUUAUCUCCUGUUGGCAAGGAAGCUGCUGUGUUAAAAUGUGUACAGCAGUUCGGGGUCCUUGUUCAGGGCUGCUGGCUAGUAAAAAGUGAGAUUUUAUAUCCAGAGAAAAGUGUUAGUCCUAAUAGUGGUAUUCCUUCAGAAAUACUAUGUAGAGGCAGAGAUUACAUUAUGUGGAGAUUUACACACAGUCGAGUUGUGGUUAGAAAAGAUAUAGCAACAGUUACAAAACUUCCUAAUGAUGACAUAAAAGAAAUCUUAGAACAAAUGGCACGAAUGAGAGUAGCACAAGGAUGGGAGUUUAUUCUCCCUUGUGAUACAGAAUUUAUACAUAAGCACCCAGACGUUGUAAAACAGCAAAAUAUUUUUUGGGAAAACAAAAAAGAGCUGCUGGCUUCUCAGCUCAACCUAAAUAAAAUACAUGAAAAGGAUCAUAAAAAAUCUACAGGUUCAGAUUCUUCUCAUGGACCUGAAAUCAAGAAAACUUCUAAAAAUCCCAAAACCACAGCCAAUCACGUUGUCAAAGAGGAAACAACCUCAGAUAUGAAUGGAAAUGCUACUGAAAUAACCAGAAGUGUUUCUCCAAUGGAGGUUGAUUGUAAAGAGGUAAAUUUAGACGAGCAGAUGGAUGGAUUGUCAACCAGUGCGCCGCUGUCAGAAGACAGCGAAUUCUUCGAGGAAGCCUUUAAGAAAUUACAGGAUUUCGUUUGUGAAAAACUUCAUACAACGGUGCUGAGUUUUAAAGAAUUUAAAAGGCUUUUGUUACUAAGACAGACAGCUUGUGAGCCAGGCGAUGUGUUGUGUUCAGGAGUAUCAGAUGCGCUUCUCGAAGAUGUUAUAUCUUCGACAGGCGCACAAGAAAUUCAAAUAAAGUGGCCUACGUCUUCUCUAAAUAAAGACAUUCAAUCAAGAAGAUUCUUUGCUUUCAGGAAAGUAGGCGAUAAUUCUAUGGAUAAGUUCAGAGAGAUUUUGCUCGAUAUGUUUGCAUCUCAUCAUAGCAUUAAAAAAGCAGAUUUCCAAGCCAGAACUUAAGAAAUAACAAAGACAGAACCAACUAAAAAGGUGUGGGCUACGUUACAACAGGAUCUGCUCGAGAAAGGAAAGCAUCCCACAUAUUAUCUUCGAGGUACUUCAGCGGUGUUGUCAUGACAAURGACUUUGAAUGACAGGUACCGUCAUUUAUGAUCUCCAAGAUUUCUUGGAUGUUAAGCGCCRCGAAAAGCAGAUUCAGAUCGGCAUAAACACCAAGGAACGAUUGCGUGUUCGUCGUGCAGUCGAGGUUAGGGUUGAAAAGGAAAGAAAGACUGGAACAUUGAAAUAGAGGCUGCUUCCUUCUUUACUUCAUUUUCCUUUCCUUUUCUCUUUUUCUCAAUCUCUCUCUUUCUUUCUCCCUUCCUU